CCUGCAGUAGCCCGGCGUCAGCCGCCGCACCAAGGAUUACGUAGCAGGGUGCUAUCCUCCACUCGAGGUUACCCCCUCAUUAGAAAAAUAAACCAUACGUACACACGUAAUCCUUGACUGACACGCAACUCUCCGCCGAGCCGAAAUCGUUCUUGUUACCAUUGUUGUUAUAUUUUUCAUACAAUACACAUGUCGUGAGAUAAUCGACCUGCACAGCGAUCGGGCUGCUGCACACCGGCGUUGACUCGACCCGUCGAACGGACUAGUAUUUUUAAUCGAAAUCAAUCGAACGUAUCAAAUAAUGUGGACAGUGAUUGCCGAUGUGGUAAAAUAGUGCCCCUCGACUCCCGCCUGUUCACCGCUUCCGAAAGCGCUCGGAAAAGGGGAGAGGAGGAGAAAAUAACAAGGAGUCAAGGAAGAAGUGUCCGGGAUACGAAGGCCUUGACCAGAGGAUGAGAGGGCUUAAAAAGGGGGCACCGUGCAGCCCCGACGGUACCUCGCUGUAGGGGGUUUAGUUACCACCGCGUCACCGUUGAUUCGUUUUUUUUUUUUUUUUUUGUUUUUUUAAUCGAGCCCUGGUCAAUCCGCCAGCACCGAAUGAAUCCCCAACGCUAGAUAUAUUUUUCUUUCCUUUUUUUUUUCUUUUCCUUCGUGUUUUAUUUUAUUUUUACUUGGGUUACUUUUCGUAAAACAAGCAUAAGAGAUCCCUCCAGCCAUGAGACUAAGCCGGAGUAAAUGCUCGAUGAAUCCGUACAUCCGUAACAAUUCAUUUCGGUAAUGAAACGCCGUUGUAGAAUUGGAUUUUGCAAUUGAUCGAGAGAAUAAAUUUUUAGCCUCGUCUACCUCAAGAUCUACAUUCCGUCGUUUGAAAGCAUCCGGCAACAGCUCAUAAGGAUCGAAGAAAGUCAGGAGAAAGAAUUGAUUGUAAAAAACAACACAUCGCGAACGCGAUCGGUUCUCCAAAAUGGCGGAUGACAAGGAGAACCAAACGUUCCUCCAGAAGCUACUGUUCUACACGACCGCGUUCUUCAUUCUCCUCGGCACCUUCAGCCUCUUCGCCUUCCUCUUCUUGGUCCCAUUCGUGAUCGACCCUGCCUUCACGACCAUCUUCAUGCAGUUCGAAACACAGCCCGCCGAGUGUGUCACCAUCGACGUGGAGUCACGAAGAGGUACUCGUAACUGCUCGUGGACAUCGUGCAGAGAAGGUUGUACCAAAGAGUUGUACGAUUGUACGCAAAUACGGGUCAACUACAAGCUCCCGGUGAACGGUACGUCGGAACUUGAGGAUUCGCGACUAGUCGAGGAGGGCAGGGCGGGAGGAGGUGUCGAGGGCGACGAAGAGGCGAACGUUGCUCGUUCGCGACGUUCACGGGCCUUGAGGGAGUACGACUACGCCGAAGAGGUGAACGAGGAUUUCGGAGAGGAGGAUGAUUUUGAGUUGGCCAAGCCCUACCCGACAGGUCUGAUGGGCAACGACUCGGAGUGGUACUUCACCGGGGCGAAGCUAUUCCCGAACGUCAAGGGAUGCGGCUAUCCGCCGAUGCUCAACUGCAGCGUUUUCUACAAGCAAUACACGAUCAUAGGGCACAAUUUUAGCUGUUACUACUCGAAGGUCGACCCCGGCAUCGUCAUCAGCGACUUGGACAUGUGGCAGGUCCGCAUGAACCUCGUCUACGCGAUGGCCAUUCCGAUUCCAUCCUUCAUUGUGUCGGUGAUUUAUCUCACCAUCGCCUACUUCAAAAUUUACAACGAAGAGGAGGAGGUCCUGGUCGACCGCGAGGAGGUCGACGAGGGCAUCGACGUCGACGGAAGCAACGCGACCCCCUUGCCUCUGACCAGCGGAGCGUUGACGCCCGGUAGCGAGGCCUUCAGAGAAGACUUGGCUAGCUUUGGGCAUCAGUUGAAGGUCGCGAUGGCCGACGACAUCAGUAGGGAAAGUCUUGAUGGAAUACCAAAUUCACUUUCCGUCCAAGGUGAUUUCGUUUAUUUUCAGAAACUUGAGCAAGACGAUGACGACGAGUAUCUCAACUCCACCUGGGCCGAUGGCGGCAGUUUGAAACGUCAUUUCCAAGGUCUGAAUAACAUUUCGUGGAAGCCCCACUAAGCCCAAAGAUACGCGGUUGAGUAUCCUUAAGAGAAGAAACAUGAUAACAUUAAAUUGCAUAUGCGGAGAAGUGAAUGAAUUAAUUUAUACAAAUUCUAUCUAAAUAAUACGAUGAUUCAGAAGAGAAAAAAAAAAUCAAUAAUUAUCAGCAUAAUUGACAUGCGCGUAUAGAACGGCAAACGGAGCAAUACGAAUAACGAAAAUAAAUUAUAUUAUUAUAUGCAUUUCACACGGAGCUAAGGAAUUGGCCGGAAAAUAAAUCAUUAUACGUACUAGCCGCGACCGCCUCGAGUAUCGAUCACCCGAACACGUAAUCCAACCGACCACACUUGCCGAAAUACUAAAAAAAAGAAAAAAUAAAAAAGAAAAGACUAAGCAACACCGCAGAGUGUGAUUCUUAUUGCUACAAUUUUAUUUUUGCGCAAAAUAUGCCAGCACAUAACUAACGUAAUAAAAUCGACGAUAUUGAUACGAACAUACAAAUAAUAACGAUAACAAAAUAUAUACGCGUAUAAAUAAAAAUUAGGGAAUUUUAUUACCUUGAUGUAUAAUAAUAAUAAUAGUAAUAAUAAUAAUAAUAAUAAUAAUGAUGAUGAAUUGAUUGGUUGAUUGAAGAUUAUUACAUAAUUCUAAACUGAGACUGUGGUGCUACAUAAGUUUGCCGUAUAAUAAUGCUAAACGAGAAAACGGAGCUGUGGUACCUAUGCAAUUAUAUUUUACUUGAUUAUCUCUAUUAAUAUUUGAGAACAGAAAUCCUACCACACACCAUGGCUAAACCAAAAUCUCGCAGAAAUUAUUCAUCAACUGAUUGCACGCCUGUAACAGACGAUCAACUUCUCUUUCUCUCUUAUCACUGCCUGUUUUGAUUGACACUGAAGAAAAAGAAGAAAAAAAAUCACAACAAAAAACGAAACAAGGAUGAAACUUUUUCGAUCAAACGCGUCUGUACGACUGUUGCGUAACUAUUUUAAUAUGUAUAAAUAUCCGUCACACUCAACGCUAAAGCGUUGAUGUACAUUUCCCGUUCUGCUGAUCGCCGCCUUUUAAAAUAAUUAAAUUAACUGAUUAAUCAAUAAUCAUCUGCCAUAUACCGCGCGUUAAUUAAAACCAUAUAAAUAUUGUAUUCAAUGAAAAAAACACGUGCAGGAUAAUUAUUCUUUGUAUUGCCGAUGGUUUUUUUUUUCAUACGUUUCUUCACGAAUAACCAUCGGUACACGCAUAGAUUAUGAAAAUAAACGAGCAUUACUACACACGUGUUGGUGGUGGUGGUGGUGAUAAAACGAAGAAAAAAAUAUACAAGGAAAAAAAGUCAUCGUGCUUUGAUUUACCCCGUUUGAUCAAAAUAUUCAAUUAACGAUUAUGUAAGUAAAGAAACUUGAUGAUCUUCAACACCACCACAUUACGCAUUGUAUUAUAUAGUUAUGAUAAUACUGUAUACUAAAUAACGCAUUUGCAUGAAUAAGUAAAACGGAUAACGUCGCAUAUAAUUAAUUAAGUAUCGAGAACAUAAUUUAAAGUACGCAUAAUUAGUUGAGCAAAAAAAAAAAAGAAAAAGAAAAAUUACUACGUACUAUAAUUGAUAAAUUUUAAACAAAAAAAAAAGUAUACUUCGCUUGCUGUGUGAACGCGUUACGAGAUAUCCGCACCACUCACUGUGCAUCGUUACACAAAUUCUGGCCACCGGAAAACAAACGUACAACACCAAUUAUUAAAUUAUACCUACAUAUAGACACGACUACGACACGAGGAUUAGUUUAUAAAAGUGACAGUUUUCAGUUCUUAUUCUCUUUCUUUUUGUAAUUACAUUAUGAUAUAUUUUGGUUCUGUUUUUCGAUUUAAUAAAACGCAGGUCACCUUUUUUUUUUAUUUCAAGAAACAAAUUUGUACGCAAAAGGAAUCAACGCAAUUCUGCUUUCUGUGCUAAUCGAUAAAGUUAUACAAAAACUUAUCAAGAUGUGAAUUGUCGAAAUACAUAUGUAUUGUUUUUUAACACAGCUCAAAACACGACUUUCACACAAAAACAUACCGAUACCACCCAGCACACGCUACUAAUAAUCGAUAGUUUGUAAAAGUAAAACUAAAAAGGAAAAAAAAAAAAAAAUUAAAAAUAAUCUUCUAAGAUAAACAUACGCGCGUAAGAUGUUGCAUUUUCAAUAAAAGUAAUCUUGUGUAAGCCAUACAAUAAAUAAUAUAUAAUUAUACGUUAUUAUUAACCUACGGGAAAUAAGUGAAUUGUUUUUAUGAAUUAAGAACAAGUUGUCUGUGAUCUACAAUAAUAAAUACUUAAAGACGGGGCGAAUGGAAAAAAAAAAAGAAGAGAAUAUUGUAUAAGUAUUACAAUUUAAACGUAAAAGUAAUGAAGAAAAUAAAAAAAUUGAAAAAAUAAAUUAACCAACACGUCAUAUAUGCCGAAGUUGGUAAUGCGGAUCGUUUAAAAAUAAUAAUUGUAUGAGGGAUUUCAGACGGGAGCAAUAUAUUAUAUUAUUAACGAAAUGUAUAUCUACGCGAAAAACGAAAUUAGGGGGGAAAGAAAAGCAUUAAGAAAAAGAUAAGGAAGAUAAUCGCAUUUUUGAAUCACUGCAAGGAAUUAUAUAUAAAUAAGAAUACACAUUACGAUCAUAAAAAAUUGAGGACACAAAGGGCUAAAGAAAAAAAAGGUAGAUAAAAACAAAGUCUAACAUUGUAUAGUUGCUGUUGUUAAUAAUCUGUGCUACUUUGCGAGGUAAUAAUUUCGCCAGAAAAUUAAAAAAAUUAAAUAAAAUAAAUGAAUAAAUAAAUAUAAAAAAAAAAAA